AAUUAGGUAUAAUCAUAUUGUGCUUUUGCUUUUAUAUGAUCUUGUUACUGCUAUGAGCUCAUUUAUUUUGGAUUUGUACCAUCCCUUCAUAUUGAGUACCCAAUGCUCUUUGAGCUCCAUAACCCUUCAGUUAAUCAACGGGUCACACAUUGUGGAGUUCUUGAAUUCUUUGCAUAAUAUUGGCUACACUUUUUGCUUAUCUAAUCCAGAACAUGUUUGUCCCCACAUAUACAAAUGUAUAUUUUGGUUUCUUCUUCUUCCUACAACUUCGGCCAACUCAACCGGACAUCAAUAGCUCUGAUUGGGUUCCCGACCUAACCAAUUACAAUAAUGAUUUUUUGUGUCAAGAUUUUCGCACGGAGUUAAACCUUUUUGCUAUUGAGUGGGCAAAGAAUUAGUCUCCGCAUCAUCGAUCUCAGCAUUCCCUAUAGUUUCCGGUGGCCAUGCCUCAUCCAGCACCUCUUUGCAUGGCCCAGUGGAGCUCAAAAGAUACACAUCACCGGAAUCGAUUUACCCCAGCCAGGAUUCUGCCCCACACAGUUGGUAGGGGAAACCAGUCGACAGUUUUUUUCACAACACUCUAAACGACGAUCGUUUGGUUUAAAUAGGGCCUUUGUAAAAGCUACACAAAAUCGUAUAAUAACACACUAGAAUCGCGUUUUUGUCAUUUUUUUGCAUUUUUAUCGAUUUUACUCACGUUUUUAUCCUCUUAUUUUUACUAAGCGAUUUUAGGUACAAAUUAAAUCAUUUUAGUGGUCUAGAUAUGUAAAAACGUACGUUUUUACAUUUUAAUGCGCGAUUUUGACUGCAAUGGUUUUAAGUUUGUCAAUGUAAAUCUCUUGGAACACCCUUCGACAUUUUAAUAAUAUGUCGCUUGGACAAAAUGCAAUGAGAUUUUAAUAUUGUGUUCGUUCAGGACAAAAUAUAAUUGUUUACCUUAUUAACUUUUUUCUUUUCUUAAUCGUAAAGCUAAAAUAUCAAUUUGUGAAAACUGAAAAAUGAUACCCCAUAUCAGCAGAUCCGUCUAUAUUAUAGUUUCUAACUUGGGGAAAAUAUCUCAAUCCGUCUAUAUUAUAGUUUCUAACAUGGGGAAAAUAUCUCAAUCAGUUGGAGCGGGAAAAUAUAUCAGAACAUUUGGACAAUUGUGGACCAAAUCGGACCCACAGUUUAGUCCGGACUAUAGGCCAUUAAGAAUGGUAAGGUAUGGUCUAUGAUUUGUAUUAUCGGAUGUAUUAAUCUCUUGGUUUGGUCUUAUUUAGACUGUGGUUUACUAGACCAAACUGAGGACCCCACCCAGUUCCCAAUUCUUGUUGGCAGCUCACUCGACCUCUCUCCCAACUCCUCAACGAAACCCAAGUCUCAACCCUAAUUUUGUGAAUCCCAUCCACUCCUUCAUUCAUAAACCACACUUCGUCAAGAGUAGAAUUGAUCUUGUCUCUGUAUGACAUUAUGUUAAUGUUUAUGACGUUAUGGUGCAAGGUGAGUUGCUCUAACUUUAUGUUUUUGCUACGGGAAAAUACCACUACAACAUUCGAACUAUCCGAAAAAUUCCACUUGUGUCCUAUUGUAUUUAAUACUCGAUUUGUAUCCUAAACUAUUUACCCAUUAGUGUUUACUGAUGUUGACCAUGAGUAUUUAACAGAAAGUCUAGUCAGCGUUGGUGUGGCAUCUAACUGUAAUUUUUAAAUAAUUAAAUAAUAGUAAAAAUUAGAAAAAAAACUAAAUAAGUCCUAUCUCAUUUACCUGAAUGCCCCCUCUCGGCCUCGAGCCUCCUCUUACUGGCGGUGAUCCUUCAACUCUGACUCAACAAUCUUCUCCAAUGUUGGUGAGCAAGAGAGCUUUCAUCGUGUCAACAAGUCCCUCGUCGACAUCGAAGUUUCAUCCCAGCCACCGUCGAUCUUUGUCACCACCACCUCUGAGUCCUCCACUCUACUCUUCGAACCCAAAAAUGUUGUGGAUUUCCAUCUGGCUCCCUCACCCCGCGCGCUCCAAUCACCUUAAACUCCAAAUUAAGGCCCGUGUAACGACCUCUUCUCACUCCAGAAUGUAUUACCAUGCUUUAUUCAUGGUUUCAAUCUCCGAUUGAGUUGAAUUGAACAAAUCCUAUUUUGGCAAAAUUAGGGUUCUUUAAAAAUGGUAACAGGUUUUCAUUUCCUAGGCAAAGAUCACAACGAUUAUGGGCACACUUGGAUCUGGAAGCCGAAGUCGACAAACAAAAAAGGAUAUUGACUCUUUCCUUAUUGAAACCCUCUACCUCAUCCCUUGAAACCCUACGCCCUCCUUGAUUCUCUUUCUGUCUGACUAUGCUCGUUAGCUUCCAUUUUAAUCAUCCUGCUAUCUGGUGGAACUGAACUGAAAAUGGGAGAGAUGAAGGUGGUGGGGAGGUGAUUGGCCACAACAUUGCUGGGAAAGGAGAGGCAAAGCUAGUGGUGGGGGAAUGAUAUUGCGGGGAAGGGGAAGAAGUUGAGAAGGGGAGAUUGGGGAGGGCAGAGCCAAUAACUAUUUUAUAUUUUAAUGUUCUAAGAAUUUUGUAUUUUUCUUAUUAUAAUUUAGUUUAAAUAAUUUAUUUUUUUAUUAAAUAAUAACAUGUCAAUGACGUGGUAUCCAAGUCGAUAUCAAUUUUAUACCACAUCUGCGAAAGUCAACACUAGUUUAUCUUCAGUCCGGUCAAUAUUUAUCUAUAGCGGUCAACGUAAGACGUUAUGACACAAAUAUCACAAACUAAUAUAGUUCAUGAUAAAAAUGGAAUAUUUAAUAAAAUAGGACACAAGUGACAUUUUUCUGAUAGCUUGGGUGUUGUAGUGGUAUUUUGCCUUUUGUUAUUUACUUGGGUUUAUGAUAUCAAAAUUAUGCAUGUGUUGCAAUUCAUGUUUUAAGGGGGAAUACAUAUUUCUUUCUUGGUUAUUUGUCAAUUUUUCAUGUGCUUGACUACAAAACUGUCCAGCUUUCAUUUAAUAUGAUCUGCAUGGUACUGACUGUACUAAACCACACCGCACAUGCAUGAUUUGUUAUAGAUCGUGUUUAGUUUUCUUCAUGAUUUAUAAUUCAGUUUCUCGGUCUGAAUUAGGACUGCAAAUGAGCCAAGUCGCGAGCAACUCGGCGAUCGUAUCGGAAAGAACUCGUUCGAUACUCGACUCGUUAUUUAACAAGUCGGCUCGCGAGCCUUGUACUCAGCUUGACAAGCUGGGUUAAUGAGCAUUUAUCGAGCUCUACCGAGUCAAGCUCGGGCUAGAUUAUUUUUUUCAAAUCGAGCUUGAGCUCGAGCUGGAUUAUCAAAAUUCAAGUUCGAGCCGAGCUCGAGCUAAAAAAUAUAUAAACAAGUAGAGCUCAAUCUAAGCAAAAACUCGACUCAGCACGUUUGCAACCCUAUUCUAAAUAGGGUUAUAGGUAUAAUAUGCCCUUCUACUAUGACGUUUUAUCAAACAUGCCCCUUUACUAUUUUUUACAUCAAACAUGCCCCUGUACUUUGUAAAAAUGAUCAAACAUGCCCUUUUGUUAAAAUUUUCAUCCAAAAACCAUUAACCAUGGCCGAACUUUGGUUUGUGGGACACAAAUAUCUAGAAUAUCCCUAAUAAUUUCACUUUAGAAUUUAUUUUGGUUAUUUUGUAUAGCCAAAUAAUUCAAAUAAUUUCACUUUGAAGAGACCUAGAGGAAUAAAACGGGGGACAAAACUAUCAUUUUCCCUCCCAUUUGCCGAUGUCGGGUCGUCUAAAUAUCGGUUCAACCAUGAUUGACGAUUUUUUCAAUCGAAAUUUUAAUGGAAGGACAUGUUUGAUAAUUUUUUCAAAGUACAGGGGCAUGUUUGAUGUAAAAAAUAAUAGAGGGGCAUGUUUGAUAGAACGUCAUAGUAGAGAGGCAUAUUAUACCUAUAACCCUUCUAAAUAAUAGACCGUAUAUAACCAUACUAGCAUGGGGCCCCACCAGUUGGCCGGAGGAAGGUUAGUUAUGAAAUUUUAGAAUGUAAUGGGGUGUAUAGCUUAUUGUUAUAUAGUUUUGUUUUGUUUUUUUGAAACACAUGAUAAAGAUAGUGAAUUUUAGCAGGAAAGAGGCGUGGAUGAUGCAACGAAUAAAAAAUCAGCCUUAUG